AGCAGUCACGUGACGGAGUCCGGGUUUACGGCAGGUGCCCACGUGAUCCUGUCCUGCAGUCCGUGCCUGCGGUGAGGUACCUGGGAUCCUGCAGGGCUGGCGGUUAGGUUGUAACUGCCGCUAACGGCGGACGCUCUCCGGCGACCAGGCUCGGUAACAAUAAGCCGGCGGAAGCGUUUGGCUCUUGGUGCCUACCGCACGGGUCUGCUCUUUCUGCCACCUCCGCCGUCCCCACCUCUUUGCGGGGGAAGUCACCUUUGCGUUUUGGGCCUGAGGCCCAAACUCGACACGACCCCUCCCCCUUUCCCACUCAUCCCCCGUCUUUUCCUCUGAACCACCAAAUCAUUUAGCCUUUGAGCUGGCCAAAUCGGCUCUGCCUUGAGGCCAAGUUCGAAGAGGUUAAGGUAACCGUGGGGAAAACAGUCCCCCAGUGGACAAAGGCGGAGGCAAGAAUAGAGCAGGCCUAGCGGCCACAGGCAAUAAAAAUAGGCGACUGAGGGUGUGAACAAGGAAAAGAAAAAGAAAGGAAAAGAGUACUGCGGUUUAGAAAGAACUGGAAAGGACUUGUUGCACGAUGGAAGAAUCUGACUCUGAGAGAAAAACGGAGAAAGAGAAUCUGGGGCCAAGAAUGGAUCCUCCCAUAGGGGAACCAGAAGGAUCGCUUGGGUGGGUACUACCAAAUACAGCCAUGAAGAAAAAGGUGCUGUUGAUGGGUAAAAGUGGGUCUGGUAAGACCAGCAUGAGAUCUAUUAUCUUUGCAAAUUAUAUUGCCAGAGACACACGUCGCCUUGGUGCAACAAUACUAGACCGUUUACAUAGUCUUCAAAUUAAUAGCAGUUUCAGCACCUACUCUCUCGUAGACUCUGUUGGAAAUACAAAGACAUUUGAUGUAGAACAUUCUCAUGUUCGAUUUCUGGGAAACCUGGUAUUGAACCUGUGGGACUGUGGUGGACAGGAUACCUUCAUGGAAAAUUAUUUCACUAGCCAACGAGACAACAUCUUCCGAAAUGUGGAAGUUCUGAUAUAUGUGUUUGAUGUGGAAAGCCGUGAACUGGAAAAGGAUAUGCACUAUUACCAAUCAUGCCUAGAGGCCAUUCUGCAGAAUUCUCCAGAUGCCAAAAUCUUUUGCUUGGUACACAAAAUGGAUCUGGUACAGGAGGACCAACGGGACCUGAUUUUUAAAGAGCGAGAAGAAGAUCUGAGGCGCUUGUCUCGCCCAUUGGAAUGUGCUUGUUUCCGAACAUCUAUCUGGGAUGAAACUCUCUAUAAGGCUUGGUCCAGCAUUGUCUAUCAGCUGAUUCCCAAUGUUCAGCAGCUGGAAAUGAACCUAAGGAAUUUUGCUGAAAUUAUUGAGGCGGAUGAAGUGCUUUUGUUUGAACGAGCUACUUUUCUGGUGAUUUCUCACUAUCAGUGUAAAGAGCAGCGUGAUGCCCACAGAUUUGAGAAAAUCAGCAACAUUAUUAAGCAGUUUAAGCUGAGUUGCAGCAAGCUAGCUGCUUCUUUUCAGAGCAUGGAAGUCAGGAACUCUAACUUUGCUGCUUUCAUUGACAUCUUUACAUCCAACACUUACGUGAUGGUCGUGAUGUCUGAUCCAUCCAUUCACAUUCCUUUGGCUGCCUGUACUUAUUCUCUUGGGUAUCUCCUCCACCCCUACCCUCAGCUUCCGCAGCUACUCUGAUCAACAUCCGCAAUGCCAGAAAACACUUUGAAAAGCUGGAAAGGGUGGAUGGACCAAAGCAGUGUCUUCUCAUGAGCUAAACAUGGCUAAAUGUUCCAAUUUUUUUUGAAAUACUGUUUCUUAAUUAAUCUUAAUAUUAUAUUCCUAUAUGUAGGCUCUGAAAUGUAAUGCUUACCACUUCUGUAUUUCUUCCUCACUCUCUAGUUUUAAUGUUCAACCUUGACUGCUAUUAACUAAAAUAGCCAGUAAAAAGUUAGAAGAUGAGCUGUUCAUGGGCUUGAUGGGACAUAAAAUUAUGUGAUAUAUAAGUGUUCUGAUAACAAGAUUCUUAAUAGUAUGUGUUCUGAUAACCUGGUUCUAAUAGUUGUGUUUGCCAGAGCCUUUCCCAACAUCAUCUUGUAUUCCUUAUCAGAUAGUAACCUGCAAGUUUGGAAUAUUACUGUUUUCUCAGCAUGCAUUAAAAAUAUUCCUUACCGUCAAUUAUAAAUAAACUAAGGCUGUUAGGGA